AGCAAUUGUUCCAACAAAGUCCCAUCCGGCAGGAUAUUGUUUACACGAUUUUAUCUAAACACAGAGUUUCCGACACUUUAAGAUUCGAUGACAGCGCGGAUAAUCCAGGACAAAAGUGAAAUAUGUUAAAUAUGAUAUUUGCAUGAUGUAAAUGUCAUUUUUUGGGGAUGAUUAGAUGAAUUGGGUAAAGUUUAGCCAUAGCUUAUCGAGAAAAGUGGUUUAGUGAGAUUUGAUUUAUUUUGUUUGAUCGUGAAAAAAGACAAUCAUCAUGGCAGAUAAAGGCGGAAAAAAUGAUAUGGACAGGAUUGGAGUGUUCCAGGAAAUGGGAUAUGUCACAAUCGGUGACAGAUAUAAGCCUCCUGGAAUCCAAUUCAACGCUGCUGCCAGUAAAGGAAAACAGAUGCUUCCUGGGGGCAGCAAGACCAGGUCGGCUCUACAAAGUGGUUAUUUUAUGGAUAAAUAUGGGAGAGUGAUGGAAGGAGAGGCAUACAGUGAUCCAAUCAAAGUGAGACGACAGCAUAGAUUAAAAGAAUCACAAAGAAAUAUUGGAAAGGCAUUUUUACCUAGCAGUGGUGAAAAGAAACCGUCUGGACUAGGAAGUCAUUAUGGUACACUGGGUGGCACUAUCACAGCCUUUAGUCCAAACAUGAGACCAGGAAAAGGCUACAAAUCACCCGGAAAGAACUUCCUAACAAAUCCUGGAAAGAAAGGAACAGGUUUUGGAUAUGUAGCUGUUACACUUGGAAAAUACCCCAAUUAUUUAGGGGAUACUUAUGAUGUACAUAAAGACAUUGCAAAGAAAGAGUUAGCUAAUCAUAAAAAUGCUGUAAAAGGUUCUGCAUUUAGACUGAACAUGCAUCCAAAAGCCUACUUUGACCAGAAUCCUUAUGCAUCAGAUAAGUUAAUGGGACGACGAAGUGUGUCGGCAGGUGUCUCAAAGAAAGAGGAUGUUAAGCCAUUCAAGCCAAGCUCACCUGGCAAAAAGCCUGCUGGAAUGAAGGCCGGAACAUUUGAUCCUUAUCCUUCCCACUCUGCUGACCCAUACAAGAUCAAAGUGUCACGUUCUGUCAAUGUUGUCAACAAAACUGGAAAAAUCUUUAUGCCAUCUCAGGGACCCAAAUCUGUGCCUACUAACUCUAUAGUCAACCAGAAUAUAAUGAAAACAAUCAACGUACAGAACUACAGAUCGAUGACCUCCAUCAUUUAAAGAAGCUCAGCCAGGAUAACAGAUUAUAACCAGAUAAACUUGCAAACCUACAUCUCAACUUAUAGUAUUGUCAUCACAAUGGUAAUAACUCUAGGAGAAUUUGACUGCCCCAAUAUUCCAUGCCUUGUCGGUCGUGUGACAUGGCAAGGUACAUUUCUCUAUAGAUAUUACAAUGUUCUAAAAGAAUAUUGUUCUAUAAUGAAGCCUUUCUGUGUGGACAUAUACAGGUGUACCCUUUACUGAGCAAGUGUGUUUAAUAGUUAAUGUUUUGAAAACACUUGUACAUAGCCUAUUGUUAUACAUAAAUGAUUAAUUUUGUACUGACCAAGGUACCUUAUAACUAUAUUGAAGUUAUAUAUAUAUUCAAUACAUUGCAUUGUGAUGUUCAUUUAAGUUUAUGUAAAUUAUCUUUAUUUGUUCUUUCAUUCCAUUUUUUUAUAAAAACUUUAAUAAUAUCAUGUGGAAGCAGAAGGCUGUGAUUGUAAUUAUACAAUGUUAAUGUCAAUUUACUGUUUUACAUAAUUGUGAUCCAAAUUCUACAUUUCAAUUCACAAAUUACUUUUAGAGUAUUUAUCUAUCAAACAUUUAAAAAACUUCAAUUACCAUUUAUUUAAUAAUAUUUUACCCAAUGAAUAAAUCUUUUGGUUUAUUAAUUGAUAUAACAAUAGUAGCUGUUAAUGACAGAUUUGUAUGAUUGUAAGGUAAAAAGGUAGAUUUUUGUCUGCCUUUUUUGUUCCAUUGUCUACACGCGUAAAAACCAAGUUUGUGCCAAAGUUUAUCUAAAAUACAGUGCACAAAAAACUAAAAAGAAUGAAAUUCUGUAGGCAAGAUAUAUAUUGAAAGAAAAUAUUUAUCACUGAUAUCAUUGAUUUUUAUGCAAAUUUAUUUUAAUUUUUAAAUUGAGAUAAAUAUGGCUGUCUUCUGUUCUGAUUCUAAAUGCACCUACUAGCCUAAGGCACUUUACCAGCAUUCUCUAUCUUCCAUUACAAUGUACCUUGAAACGCCUUAUCAGUUUAAAGUAAAUCUGAGGUGAAUCUUUCCUUCAUUAUUGUAUUACAAUGUAUGAAACUGACAUUUCCCAAAAGAUUUAUUUUGUGGCUGAAAAAAUCUGUUAAGUGUUCUUAGUAUUUUCCUCCACACAAACACUGGUUUAUUGAAGACUACUUGUAUAAAAUGUGAAAAAAUUGA